UUGCAACAUCUGCACAUGCGUCUUACUCAUCACGGGUUAAAGGUCACAUACUCCAGAAGACCGAAGCAAGAUGGGUUUGUUUGGGAAGUCUCAGGGCAAAGACCCCAAAGAACAGGUGAGAGAAUGGACCAGUCAGUUGAGGAAACAGGACCGGGUUUUGGACAGACAGAUCAGAGGGAUUCAGAGGGAGGAGGAGAAGGUGAAACGGUCCCUGAAGGAAGCGGCUAAGAAGGGUGACAAGGACACGUGCCGCAUCCUGGCGAGGGAGAUGGUGCGAUCGAGGAAGGCCGUCAGUAAGAUCUACACGUCCAAGGCACAGAUCAACUCUGUCUCCAUGGGCAUGAAGAACCAACUGGGUGUUCUGAAGGUGGCAGGUGCGAUGGAGAAGAGCACGGAGGUGAUGAAGUACAUGCAGAACCUCGUCAAGGUGCCUGAGAUCCAGGCUACCAUGAGGGAGAUGUCCAAGGAGAUGAUGAAGGCAGGCAUUAUUGAGGAGAUGUUGGACGACACGUUUGAGACGUUGGAGGAUGAUGAGGAGCUGGAGGAGGAGACGGAAGCGGAGGUGGAGAAGAUCCUGUUCGAGCUCACAGCAGGAGCGUUGGGCCAGGCCCCGAGCAAGGUGACUGAUGAGUUGCCGGGAGACGAGGUUUUGGAGGGAGCGGUGGGAGGAGUGGAGUCAGAGGAGGAGGAGGACAUCUCAGCCAUGCAGUCCAGGUUAGCUGCACUUCGCAGCUAAUCUGCUAGGGGGCAGCACUGCUCCACGAACGUGCCCUGAGUCGCACGUCGGCAGAACGUACUGUGCCUGGGGGGAAACCUGUAUUUUCCUUGGAUUUUUGUUUACGCUGCAUCAGAAUUUUGCCUGUUGCAUGCAAUAUUUUUUUCGACAUAACAUUUGGAAACUACAGA